GUUUCCGGUUCGAGCAAAAGUACGUGGCAGCCAUCUUGUUUCCCGUUGCUACUGAAAUAAAAUAAAUAAUACGCUGAGCUGAACUUCACUGCGAACCCGUAAAACAAAUGAGCAUGUCUGCAGAUUCGUUUGGCGCCGGGGGCAGCGAUGCCCAGCAGAGCCUACAGUCCUUCUGGCCCCGCGUCAUGGAAGAGAUCAGGAACCUCACGGUGAAGGAUUUCCGCGUGCAGGAGUUGCCUCUCGCCCGAAUCAAGAAAAUCAUGAAGCUGGAUGAAGAUGUGAAGAGGAACGACAUUGCCAUGGCGAUAACAAAGUUCGACCAGUUUGACUUCCUCAUCGACAUCGUGCCCCGGGAUGAGCUCAAGCCCCCUAAACGACAGGAGGAGGUGCGUCAGUCAGUGGCCCCAGCAGAGCCGGUUCAGUACUACUUCACCCUGGCUCAGCAGCCAGGACAGGUCCAGGUGCAGGGUCAGCAGCAGGGCCAGCAGCAGGGCCAGCAGGCCACAGGACAACAGACUACCACCAUCCAGCCUGGACAGAUCAUUAUCGCACAGCCACAGCAAGGACAGAGUGCUCCAAUGACCAUGCAGGUUGGGGACCAGCAGGUCCAGAUAGUACAGGCGUCGUCUCAGGGCCAGACCCAGACGGUGCAGUCAGGACAGACCAUGCAGGUCAUGCAGCAGAUCCUCACCAACUCCGCCGAGAUCCAGCAGAUACCAGUGCAGCUGAACACUGGCCAGUUGCAGUACAUCCGGCUGGCACAGCCCGUCUCUGGCACACAGGUGGUUCAGGGACAGAUCCAGACGCUGGGUAACACUCAGCAGGUACAGAUUACACAAACGGAGCAAGGCCAGCAGCAAUUCAACCAGUUUACCGACGGACAGCAGUUGUAUCAGAUUCAGCAGGUGACGAUGCCGGCGGGACAGGACCUGAGCCAGCCAAUGUUCAUCCAGUCCACCAACCAGACGGCCGACGGACAGGUCACCACGCAGGUCAGCGGAGACUGAAGCUCCGGAAGCAUCCGCCUGACCACCAGACCACCCAACCACUGAUCCCACCACCUGCUACCAUCCAUAAGGGCAACUGGCUCGAACAGCCAAGGGACCUCCUAGGAUAUGUCCCAAAUGGCACCAUAUUACCUACACACUAUAUAGGGUGCAAUUUGGGAUGUGCCCUCACGCUCAUUCAAUACACUGGUAUAUGACAUGAUAAUUACAAGGGACUCUCUGACAAUAACAGUUCUUUAUUCAGUACACUGGGUCAGAUACCAAAGGGACUGCCCGACAACUCUCUCUCAUUCCCAUGUCAUAUCAUCUCUCUCUGCCUCCGUUAGUUCCUCCUGGCACCCACACUCACCUGAUACGUUCCCCAGAAAGGCCUCACCUAAUGCCCAUUCACGACAGCCACACACAGGGUAUCCAAAUGCUGAAUCCUCCAGGACCCAACUUUCCUCCUUUUUAGUGACCAACUCUCUGUACUUCCUCAGUGUCUGUCAACCCUUGCUGUAUAAUCUGUAUGUCUUCUGUCUCUCUGUGAAGUACACCGUAUAGGGGUGUCUUAUGUUCUGUCUGCAUCCCAAAUGGCACUGUUCCCUAUAUAAUGUACUGUUUUUGACCACGGCCUAUAUGGCCCUGAUCAAAAGUAGUUCACUAUAUAGGGAAUAGUGCAAUUUGGGAGGAAUCCUAUGGAAGGCUUGGUCCUUGUUUGGUCUACAAGAGAACAUGAAUCAUGCCCUUUUGUUGUAAUGUCUUAAUGUGUAGACUUUAAAAGAAAAAACUAUAAAGCCAUACUCUAAGCUAGCGCACAAUAAUUCAUUGUAAAUUGUAUGAAAGACUCACACCAGCCGUGAUGGGUCAAUUCAUAAUUUGUUCUUAGUUCCUCUUUGUUUGGUUCACAUUGACGAGACAUGCCAUCAAUGAAAGGGCUUCUAACUGUAUGAUGGACUUUGUAUUUAGUAUGUAUGACCCGUGUGUGUGUGUGUGUGUGUGUGUCCGUCCAAUAUUGUGCAGUAUCUCUUCCCCAUGGCCCAGUGAUCAUACUCACCUCUUCAGUGGCCCUCUUCCAUCCCUCUUUCCUCUUCCCUCCCCCUCUCAUCUCUUCAUGAAUCACCACACUGAUCACUAUCAUGGUUAGGCCUUUCUCUGCCUUAUAUGCAGUCUCUCUCUCCCCUAUCCAGAGAGGUUUUUGGUUCUCCUUCCUUGCUCGUAGAGAAAGCCUAAUGUAAAAAAAAAAAUACUUCACUGAAGCAAAGACCCCUUUUAUAGUCUUUUCUUAAUACCAGUUGUAACUUGUCAAGGUUUCUUUUGAAAUGACCAUCCCUCCCUUUUCCUUCCCUUUCUUAUUUAGUAAUGAUCAUUAUCAUAGCUGUUCUUCUUGUUGUUUUGCAUGUAGUUUAAACUGCCAGCAUGAUAUGCAAUGAUAGGUACACAUUUUAUUUUUGUUCAUUUUUGUAAGCAAACUUUGGGUUUGUGAGGAAAAAAAUAAUAACUAAAUAAAAAAACAAUACAUGCAAUAUU